AUGUUUCGCGACUCAAAAGACGUCCCCAGUUACCCGAAAAUCAGUUUGCAUGAAGCCGAAAGCCUGCGAAGGAUCGCGUUCUGCGGCGUGGCGAUCAGCACGGUCGCGACCCUGACUUGCAUAAUCGCCAUUCCCGCCCUCUACAACUAUAUGCAGCAUGUACAGUCGACGCUCCAGAAUGAGGUUGAAUUCUGCAAGCACCGCACAGGCGGGCUGUUUACGCAGUUUGAGCGAUUGAAGACGAUAAAAGGCGUUCAGGGAGGCCGGGUGAUCGUAAAACGCCAGUCUUACGAUGGAGAGGCCAGCAGCUCAGGGCCCGCGUCUACAACUUCGGCGCCAAAAAAAGCAACAACUUCAAGCAGCCCGGUCACUUCUACCCCCACUACCACUGAAGGUUAUGACGAAGAGUUGACAACGACACGUUACUCAACGAACGAGAAUGCCGGCGUACGGGAACCCCUGUACGUUGCCAACAACGAGUGCUGCUCCUGCAAAACGGGCCCAGUAGGUCCGCCUGGACCCCCCGGCGAUGAUGGCCGGAAUGGAAUGGACGGGCUACCAGGGGAAGACGGUAGACCCGGUGACGAUACCGAUGGGGACAACGGGCUGUCAGACACCGAUUUUUGCUUCGAUUGCCCACCCGGCCCGCCUGGUCCCCCCGGAAAUGUGGGUAUCAAGGGGCCACCCGGAAAACCAGGGCAAGCUGGAGCGCCUGGGGUUGAUGGGAAAGCGGGACUGGAUGGUAUCCCCGGCCCUCAGGGGCCACCCGGACAAGAGGGAGAAGCCGGAAUCCCAGGCGAACCGGGUCCCGACGGAGCAGUCAGCGAAGUGCCAGCCCCACCAGGUCCGCCUGGAGUACCCGGGCCCCCAGGACCGGCAGGGCCCGACGGAAAGCCAGGUCAGCCCGGAAAACCUGGCUCCGACGGCACGCCCGGCGAAAUUGGCGACAAUGGCAAGGACGGGAACCCGGGUCGACCCGGCGACAACGGACUGCCCGGCGAAUUCGGGAGCACCGGCUCUGGCGGCAGCUGCGAACACUGUCCGCCACCCAGAACAGCCCCCGGCUAC